UAUAUAUAUAUAUAUAUAUAUAUAUACAUAUAUAUAUAUAUACAUAUCAGGUGUCUGCAUAUAUAUAUGGUUAGUAUAUUAUUCAACUAAAAAUCAUUGAAGGACAAACUCUGCGAGUGUUCAGCAGCAGGUCAAUCUAGCUAUGAGUGUAGUUGUAGGAUCAGAUGAAGCACGACUCGAUGACGAGAGACGCACUCUCUUACCAUCGACGGCGAAGGAUGAUGACAAUAGCAGCACACACAGUAUAGGCUCAGAAGAGGCGCCGAACUAUCGCAUCUAUCGUGCAGUGGUGGCAUGCAUCCUCUGGGCGUGUACCAGUUCAGCCAACAUCCUCAUCGGCGCGUACAUUCUACGCACAGAUAAUUUCAAAUACCCCUUGUUAAUGACGGGUGCGGGACAGAUAGUUAGUAGUAUCAUUGCCAUUCUGUCACGGCCAUGGCUAGCCCAUCACGAGUUAACUGUGCGUGAGUACUGCACCGUGAUUAUACCGUUGUCUGGUAUGACCGCUAUAGCCCUGGGUCUGAGUGGGGCGGUGUAUCUAUUCCUGCCCGUGAGUUUUGUGCAGAUGCUCAAAGCCGCAUCGCCAAUUGACGUUAUGUUGGUGAUGUUCUUAUUUGGAUUACUCAACCCCUCUGGCAACCUCAUCCUCUCAGUUGUAGUCAUAUCCUGCGGGUGUUUGUUUGCUGCCUUUGGCGAGGUGUCCUUUAGUUUGAUUGGCGUGGCCGUAUUCUUCGCUUCGGAUAUCAUGGAUGCCAUUCGCUCUGUGUGGACUGAGACUCUCUUAGGGCGAAUGGCUCUGAUGGACAGUCUGUACUAUAUAGCUCCUGCCUCAUCUGUGUGGCUUGUGUUGUUUGCUGCAUUCGAUGAGAUUCCCAGGUUUAUCGCACAGAAAGACUACGAAAAGGUGUUGGCCAAGCCGAUGCUGUACUUGGUGUAUUCCACUAUGGGCUUCGUUGUGCAGAUCAUGGUGCUGGCAGUUAUUAACGAGACCAGCACACUCACGCUCAAAAUCGUGGGACAAAUCAAGAACAUUGCCACUAUUAUUGGCGGUGUCGUCGUGAUGGGGAAUCACGUAUCCAAUCAGCAAAUCUUUGCAUACUGCGUUGAGACUGUUGGGUUCUGGCUGUAUCAACAGACCAUGAUGGCGGAGCGUGCAAAGGCGGCUAAAGAAGCAGAAGAUCUCGAAAGCAACAGUGCGCUGCUGGACGAGGGGCAUGGAACAUUUGGUGCUCAACACCGUGCGAAUAGCAGAAGUCACCCACUUUCAUAUUCACGCUCACAUUCAUCACAAAGCACAAGAUCGACGACAACACGUACGUAUAGCACACUCAGUCAGUAUUCACGUUACAGUGUGGACGACCCAGGGCUGGAAGAUCGUAUGGAGGGACGACUACAGGGACAUUAAUUUCGCUGUAUAUAUUCGUAUAUAUAUGCGUAUUAGUGUGUAUUCCGAACACCUAUAUCUUCACAUAACUAUAAUUAUAUAUAGUUUAUGUAUAUAUAUAUAUACAUGUAUGUAUAUAUAUAUAUAUGGCCAAAUAUCACAUUGUUCUUAAAUUUGUACGAAUCUAGACCUACAUAUUCCUAUGCAUCAAUGUAAAUCGUCACCCGCGACGUAAUGCAACGGACCUGGACGCCACUAUCGCGUUGAAGCCAACGAUUUUACGGUGAUGCCGGCGUGCGAUACAACCAUCUGUGAGGCCCUAGAAGGCAUCCCUAAAUAAAAUGUAUCUUCUCAACCAACUUAAAUAUAAAGC